GAAACUAAGCGCGGCGGUUUAGAGCAGUAGGAGUUGGGGUUUCGGAGAAGAUGGCAGAAGAUGAUAUUUUUGCGUUGCUCUGAUGACUUUGCACCGCCGAUGGAGCAAUAUGAUCCGUAAAGUUAUUCCAACAAUAUUGAGUGCUCACACCUACACUCGAAGGAAUAUCAACAUCAUCGGAUUUCAGGAUUCAUACUUACUCAGAAAAAGAUUACACUAAAAGAUUAAAAAAUGGAUGGGACGCGUGCUGCAGAGGUUCUUCCUCUGCUAGAAGAGCGUUUGGCAAUUUUGCCAGGUGGAAGAGAUCGUCGUGGUGGUCCAGUUCUUGUAUUUCCAACAACAUCACGACGAGAACGAGCAAAACCAGAAGAUUAUCGUCGUUUACUUCAAUACCUUUUAGCCAUUCCAAACGAUGAAGCCAGAGGACUUCGAUUUACCGUAAUCGUUGAUAUGAGAGGUGCCACGUGGGACUCUGUAAAACCGAUUUUAAAGGUACUUCAUGAGCACUUUCAUCGUUCGGUCCACGUUGCUUUCAUCAUAAAGCCAGAUAAUUUUUGGCAAAAGCAGCGUACCUCUUUGGCUAAACAGAAGAAGUAUAACUUCGAGAUCAAUACAAUUAGCUUGGAGGCUUUGGCCAAAGUAAUAGAUCCUUCUCAGCUGACUGCUGACUUGGAUGGAUCAUUGCAAUAUGAUCAUGCUCAAUGGAUAGACACACGUUUAGCAGUGGAAGAUUUUACAUGGCAAGCUGCGGAUUUACUUGAUCGACUUGAUGAUCUUCAAGAGGAUCUCAGCCGUAACGACUUCGCAGAUGAUGUAGGCGGUGCUAAACACGGCAUCGAUCUUCAUAACGAGAUGAGAAAAAAGAUAAUGAAAGUACCGGUUGAAGAGGUCGAAGUUGUAGGCCAAAGAUUACUCCAACGAUUUAAUAGUAGUAUGAGUGGAAGUUCAAGCGAAAGUGGAAGUAUUGAGGGAGGAGCAUCAGGUGGUGCGGAUCCUGAUGGUCGUGCACUUGCAGCUAUAGUUAUUCAGCAUUUAGACUCUGUUCAUGCAGCUCAACAGCAUCUUUUACAACUCUGGCACAUUAAAAAGACGAAAUUGGAUCAAUGUUUUCAGUUACGAAUGUUUGAACAAGACUGUGAGAAAAUGUUCGAUUGGAUUUGCCAUAAUCGAGAACAUUUCCUUUCCAAUUACGUAGAAAUUGGACGUUCAUACCAGUUAGCAAAAAAUUUACAAGAAGACCACAAGCAUUUCACCAUGAGCUCUAUGAACGUUUAUGUGAAUAUCAACAAGAUUUUAACAAUGGCAGGAAGACUAUUGGAGACACAACAUUACGCUGCUGGUCAUGUAAGAGCGGUGGCAGGUCGUUUGGACCGUGCGUGGAAAGAAUUCGCUGCGGGACUUGAUGAGCGUACUGCAGUUCUUAGUCUCAGUGUUGUUUUUCAUCAUAAGGCCGAGCAGUACGUCGACAGCGUGACGGGAUGGAGUCAAGCAUGCGAGUCGACAAAUCUGCCCAAUGAAAUUGCGGUUCUUGAGUCUCAUAUACGACAACAUCAGACGCUUUAUGAAGCCAUGUGUCAGGCGUAUACUGAGGUACACAGUACCAGUAAGAAGCUUCUCUAUCAACUGGAUCAUCUUGUUCAAGUCUGUAAUCAACCUCAAGGGAUUGACCACUCCAACAGAAAACAUAGCCAAGACGGUCAUGGGAUGGAUAACCGCGGUGGUAUGAGUGGAAAUCCAGCCGCAGAUUAUAGCGAGGGUGCAUCACACGUGCUUGCGGUUAUUCAUCAGAUUUUAGGUCAUCACCGAGCUCUAGAAGCUCGCUGGCAUGCUCGCAAAGUUAAAUUACACCAACGACUUGCUUUAAGGCUAUUUCAAGAAGAUGUUAAACAAGUAUUGGACUGGUUAACUAAUCACGGUGAAGUAUUCAUUAGAAAGAAUACUGGAGUAGGUAGAAAUCUUCAGAAAGCACGAGUCUAUCAGAAAAGUCAUGAACAUUUCGAAAAUGUUGCUCAGAAUACUUAUACCAAUGCAACGAAAUUGCUCACAGCAGCCGAAGAACUUGCCCACACAGGUGAAUGUGCACCCGAUGAAAUUUAUGCUGUAGCACAGGAAUUAGAAGCACAUGUUAGCAGCUUCGCCACGCGAGUUGAACAAAGACGUCGUCGAUUGGAUUUAGCAGUUGUAUUUUAUACUCAUGAAAAAGAAUUAAGUGGAUGGGUAGAUGAACUUCGUCAAGAGUUACAACAAGAUGAAGUUGCUGAAAACCUAGAAACUGCAGAAAGGCUUUUAGAUCAGUGUGCGCAGCACAGAGCAUCGUGCUUAGAAGCUUGUACGUCAACAAUAGCCCAAGGUGAAGCUCUACUACAAGAAUUGAGAGACUCGACUGAAGCUCCAGACACAACAGGGUCAGUAAGCGCUGUAGAAGCCGCUCUUGACAGACUGGCAGUGCUUCGGCAAGAGUUGGAGGAGCUUUGGGCUACUCGUAAGCUUCGUCUGGAACUAUGCUUACGUUUGCGUGUGUUUGAAAGAGAUGCGCUCGAGGCAAGUGGACAGUUGGAAAUGUGGGCGCAAGAGCUCCGGGCACCACCAAGAGAAGGAUCACCAGAGCAAUUGCUUCGCGUGCACAAUGAUGGUGUAGCUCACAUGCAAAAUACUGCAUUCCAAGUUCUUCAACAGGGUCAAGAACUUGCUCAAGUAUUAGAACAAGCGGGUGUAUGUAUAAUGGCUGACGGUCAGCAUACUGCUACUGCACGAGUUCAAGUUCUUUUAGAAUUUUUAAAUGAACGAGAAAUGGAUGCCGAAGAUCUAGCAGAGUAUCGACGUGUGCGUUUAGAACAAACUGCACAAUUAGUUCAACUUCAAAAUGAUGCUCAGCAUGUAGCUAGUUGGAUCAGAAAUGGUGAAGCUAUGCUUUUAGCAUCACUACGAGUUCCUGAAAAUCUAUCAGAUGCAGAACAAUUGCGUUUAGAACACGAACAAUUUCAAGUUGCUAUUGAAAAAACACACACCUCAGCAGUUCAAGUAAAACAUCGAGCUGAUGCUCUAGUUGGUGCUAAUCAUUAUGACCCCAAAAGUAUCCGUGAAGUCGCUGAAGAUGUAACAAAACGGUGGCAGCAACUCGUAACUUGUGCUGAAGAAAGACAUAAACUUGUAACUGCAAGUAUAAAUUUUUAUAAGACAGCGGAACAAGUCAGGUCUGUGUUGGAUAGUUUGGAAAGAGAGUAUCGAAGGGAUGAAGAUUGGUGUUGUAACGGGGAAAAAGGAACUCAAGUCCAUACGCUUAUUAGCAAACAUCAAGAACAAAAGGAAGCUUUUCUUAAAGCUUGUACUUUAGUGCGCCGCACUGCAGAGACAUUUCUAAAAUAUACCAAUAGGAGUUUACAGUUUUAUAGUUACAAAAGUAUAAGUGGUGGGUCAGAAAAUAAAGUGAAAAAUAUUCUUGAAGAAUUAUUAAGCAAAGAAAAUAAAGUAUUAGAGUAUUGGACACAGAGAAAAAAACGUCUUGAUCAAUGUCAUCAAUAUGUCUUAUUUGAACGCAGUGCAAAACAGGCUUUAGAAUGGAUCCGUGAAACUGGUGAAUUAUACCUUGCAACACAUACAAAUGUUGGGAAAAAUCGUUUGGAAAAUGAACAACUUCUUUACGAACACAAUGAGUUUAAAGGGGCAGCAAAAGAAACGAGAGAACGAGUAAAAUUACUUAUUCAGCUAGCAGAUAAUUUGGUAGAAAAAGGACACGCUCAUGCUGCUGCAAUUAAACAAUCUGUGGCUGAAGUUGAUCAGCGAUAUAAGGAUUUUAGUAUGCGGAUGGACUGUUAUAAGACGCAAAUUGAAGAUGAUUUAGGAAUACAAUCAGAUGAUGGUCAAAAAGAUUUAUCAAUUGAUCGUAAUUCGGAUCCUCUUCUUGAAGAAAAAAUUAAAGGAAAAGAUCUAAAAGAGUUGAACGAAGAAAAACGUCGUUCUGCACGUCGAAAAGAGUUUAUUAUGGCUGAACUGUUACAAACUGAGAGAACUUAUGUGAAGGACUUGGAGACUUGCAUUCGAUGCUUUCUAGAGGAAACUCGAAAUGGUCGAGGCAAUGUUCCACCUGGAUUGCAAAGUCGUGAAUCAAUAAUAUUUAGCAAUAUGGAAGAAAUAUAUCAAUUUCACUCGGAUACAUUUUUGCGAGAACUUGAAAAAUAUGAAACAAUGCCUGAAGAUGUCGGUCAUUGUUUUGUUACCUGGGCAGCUAAAUUCGACAUGUAUGUGACGUAUUGCAAAAAUAAACCAGAGAGUAAUCAGUUAUUAGUAGCUCAUGGUGGAACUUGGUUUGAAGAUUUGCAACGAAAGCAUCGUGUCGAGCAUCCUAUUGCUGCUUAUUUGAUAAAGCCUGUGCAAAGAAUAACAAAAUAUCAGUUAUUGCUCAAAGAUUUGCAAGCUUGCUGUCAAGAAGGACAGGGAGAAAUAAAAGACGGGCUAGAAGUUAUGCUGAAUGUGCCUAAAAAAGCAAAUGAUGCCUUACAUUUGAGUUUACUUGAAGGCUGCGAUGUUAGGAUUGAUGCACUUGGUGAUGUAGUUUUACAAGAUUCAUUUACAGUUUGGGACCCAAAGCAACUUAUUCGUAAAGGACGUGAUCGUCAUAUUUUUCUUUUUGAACUCUACCUCCUAUUCAGUAAAGAAGUCAAAGAUUCGGCAGGAAAGGUCAAAUAUAUAUAUAAAAGCCGACUGAUGACCUCUGAGCUUGGCGUAACAGAACACAUCGAAGGUGACGAGUGCAAAUUUGCUGUUUGGACCGGACGUGCACCAACUAGUGAUACCCGUGUUGUAUUAAGAGCUAAUUCAUUAGAAGCAAAGCAGUUAUGGGUUAAAAGACUUCGGGAAGUCAUUCAGGAAACAUAUUUCAGUCUAAGUAUGCCCAAGAGUCCAGCAAAGAAGAGCUCAAGUCAAAGAUCUAGUAGAGACUUGGAGGAAUGUGCUUCUCUUGAUGAUAGUGUUGAAAACUUGGAUAGAAAUUCUUUAGCAUCGUUUGGAUCAACGAAUACUACAGAUUCAGAUAAGACAGGAGUGGCUGAAAUGACGUGGGUUGUAGCUGACCACUCAGCAGCCGCAGGAUCUCGAGAACUUAGCGUGACUAAAGGACAACAGGUCGAGGUGAUCGAAAAUGGUAGCGUACAUUCUGGAGGUAGUAACAGCGGUGAAUGGACUUUAGUAAGGUUACCAGCAGCUCCAGGUUCAACAGAACCUCCUGCUGAAGGUUUAGUACCAACCAGUGCGCUUAAACAACCACCCACAACUUCUUGCAAAACUUCACCUUCAAGAAAAGCACCGUCGCAAACUAAUAUCACAAUUGCUCAACAACCUGUCACUCAAGAAGAUACUGAUACUGGUGGGAGCGACGGGAAUGGAUCGGCUAGUACAAGCUCACCCGGAAACAGAAGGCGUGGUUUUGUUGGACGGAAAUGGUUGCCGCAACAAUUUCGUAAACUCAGUCAGGGUAAAACGGAAAAAUCAGGGACAGAUCGACCCUCAACCCUCAAGAAAACUAGCUCAGAUAAGAGAUUUAAACUACCGGCUAGUGACAAAUCAGGUCGAACAGUUUCCGAGGGUGAAGACGAGGAGGAAGUUGAAUGUGAUGAUAACGAAACCCCAGCAUUCUUGGAACAAAAUGGAGGAGAAGAUGCUGAAGACGAUUUCGAACUACCACCACCUAUGAAACCGAUUACUGAACCCAUUUUAGUUGCCACUGGAAACGGCCCUCCAGGGUCUACAAUACCCGAUGAAUUACCUGGCAAAAGGACUUCUGAGCGAUCAAUAAAGAGUUUGGAUGGGGCCACAACUGCUGACCUCGCAGAAAUAGAGCAGAUAGUUAAAGAGAGAAUGGAGCAACAUACAGAAAACCAAGAACGUCAUAGUUUGAUGAGAACUCCGGGUCGCCCUCCGUCUACUGAAGACAGUUAUAGUGGAAUGAACAGUUCUACAACUUCAGAAGAAACAGAUCCUGAGGCAACAGCACUUUCGAAGCGGCAAUUUGUCAUCAGGGAAUUGGUAGACACAGAGAGAGAUUACGUGAAUGAUCUCAAGCAUAUCGUUGAGGGAUACAUGGCUCUCAUGAGAGAUCCUGAUUGUGAAAUUCCUUUACCAGAAGACCUUCGUGGUGGUAAAGACAAAAUGGUCUUUGGCAAUUUAGAGGCAAUAUAUGAAUGGCACCGAGAUUUCUUCUAUAAAGCUCUUGAACGUUGUUUAGAAAGACCUGAAGAGCUCGGUCCUCUGUUUAAACGAUAUGAAAGAAAACUACAUAUGUAUGUUGUUUACUGUCAAAAUAAGCCAGUGUCUGAAUACAUUGUUUCCGAGUAUAUUGAUACAUACUUUGAGGAAUUAAGGCAGAAACUCGGUCAUCGUCUUCAGCUGUGUGAUUUGUUAAUAAAACCAGUUCAAAGAAUAACGAAAUAUCAGUUACUUCUUCGUGAGGCUUUACGAUUAACUGAGAAAACCCAAAGGAUAUCAGAAAUUGAAGGACUGCGUGCAGCAGCCCAUGUAAUGCGAGUUAUUCCUAAGGCUGCAAACGAUAUGAUGGAUGUUGGAAGAUUGCAAGGUUUUGAUGGAAAAAUAACAGCGCAAGGAAAACUGUUAUUACACGGCCCGCUUAUAGUUGCCGAGCUAUCAAAUUUACCGGCUCGAGGACGCGAGUGGCAAGUUUUUCUUUUUGAACAAAAUAUCAUUUUUAGCGAAGCGCUUGGCAAGAAAACACAGUUUACAAAUCCUGCCUAUAUAUAUAAAGCCCACAUUCAGGUUAAUAAAAUGAGUCUAGAAGAUUCAGUAGAUGAUCCAGAUAAGUUCAUCAUUCGUUCAACAGAUCCACGAAAACCUGGAUUAGGUUUUGCCUGUAGUAUAAUCGAUGACACUGGUCCCCGAAAACAAGAAUGGGUCGAUACGAUUACAGCGAUCCUUCAGACUCAACGCGACUUUCUUAAAGCAAUUCAAUCUCCCAUCGCCUAUCAAAAGGAACUUACCAAAGAUCCACUUCGUUCAACAACUCCAGAACCAAUUACUCGAGCAGCAGUGUCAGUGCCUCCAAUGCUGACUGUUCCUGGAGCAAACAAUAAGGAAAGAAAUAAUAGUCACAGGAAAACACAAGCAGUUCAUCGAUCACAUACUGGUGGUCUUGAUGAUUCACCACGAACUCCGUCGCCCACCAAAAGUAAACUUAACUUUUUCGAAGGAUUCAAGAAUACUUUACGGGCACGCUCUCCUGUCCGCACUAAUUCCAUUCCGGUUGCACCAGGUGCACGGGUAAGACUCGCAGCUGACUGGGGCAAACUUCACGCUGGUGAUGAACUUGUUGUUUCCCAUCUCGAUGGACCAGGAGUUGUAGUUUCACCAGUAGAUGCUAAAGAAGAACUUUGGAUUCCUGCAAGUCUCAUUCCUAAUUCAUCGAUCAGUCGGGCUUGGUCGUUCCGUCCACGUAAACUAGAUAAUGAAAAACAAAUCACCAGUCCUCAAAGAAGUAUUGAUAGAAAAACAUUACCUCCAAGGAUAUUGCAAGGAAGUAUUACGACUCCUGUGAAAGUAUCAGUCGGAGAUAUUGCUAGAUUAUCCAUUGAAGUAGAAAAUUUAGAAGGAGCACAUAUUUCUUGGAAAAAGAAUGAAGAACGUAAUAUUGAACCUGAUGAUCGUCAUCAGAUUCGUCAAAGUGCGGGAUUAGUUUAUUUAGAAAUAUCACGAUGUCGACUAGAAGAUGCUGGGACUUAUCAGUGCAACAUUCAAACAGAAAAUGGAUCAUGUUCAGCAAAAAUAACACUUUGUGUUACAGGAGGAAGUGGAGCUACUUGGGCUCGAGUAAUGGGAACAACAAAAGUUAAAGUAGACUGGGAAAAAGGAGAUAUUGAGGAAGGAAUUUUGGAGUGCAGAACAAUACCUUCUUCAACUUGGUUACCAAUUGUCGAAGAUAUAAAAAGCCCUCCAGUGAUAUUAGAGCUUUCAGCCGGUGCUUCUUAUAGUUUUAGAGUUGUAGACAAACUUGGAAAUGGAGGAACUGCACCUUCUGCAGUGAUUACUUUACCAAUAGACGAAAGUAUGAGCUGGGAAGCUGAACAGUUUGUUGGGAGAUAUUUGGAACUUGAUGAGCUUGGAAAGGGUAGGUAUGCACUUGUAAGACGUGCUAGAGAUCGAGGUACUGGUCAAGAAGUUGCUCUUAAGCAAACACCAAGACACAAACAGUCUCGAUUAUUGACUAGAGCAGAGUAUGACCUAUUAGCAUCCACUCAUCAUGGUAAUAUAAUUCGUGCUUUCGCUUUAUUUGAGAAUGCACCUCAACCAGGCUUUGAUACUAUUAUUCUCGAAUUAGUUCGUGGUCCAACUUUGUUUACAUAUUUAAGUAAAAAGACUGAAUACACAGAAGCAAUGGCUAGCAAAUUUGCUAAUCAAUUGUUGUCAGCCCUUCAAUGGUUGCAUCAACGCAAUAAAUAUCAUUUAGAUGUCAAGCCAGAGAAUGUAUUAGUAGAUCAAGACACUGGAAUAGUGAAACUUAUCGAUUUAGGUGAAGCGGUUCGGGGGCCAGUUGAUGAAGUUGUCCCACCUGCAGAUUUAGAAUUUGCCGCGCCUGAGCUUGUUCUCGGCAAACCUACUGGAUUUUAUACCGAUUUGUGGGCUACUGGAGUAUUUAUUUAUGUACUCCUGAGUGGUCUUUCACCAUUUUUGGACGACUCCGUUGAAGAAACAACCGCAAAUAUAUUAAAAUGCGAUUUUUGUUUUCCUGAUGAAUACUUUGAAUCUAUAUCAAACGAUGCGAAAGAUCUUUUAACAAGACUUUUAAGUUUAAAAGGAGAAGAAAGAGGAACUACAGAGUCUUGUCUUGCAUCACCAUGGUUCAGAAUAUCUAAAGGAGCAACUAUUCCCUCUGCAAGAAUGGCAGCAUUUAUUGACCGUAGAACUCACUGUUCAAAGUCACAUACAGAUCAUAACGAAGGCUUUUAAUACUAAGGUUAAUAGCCAUAUUGAAAAAAAUUUCCUUACUGGAUAAAAACCACUUAAAGCUGAACAAAUUAGUUUUGUAAAUAGAACAUAUAAAUUUUUACCUCGAAGCAAGUGACUAUUUUUCUCUAUGUUUCUCUACAAAUGAUAAGAAAACUUGUCUCAAACUCAUUUUGUAAUAAAUCAUCUAUUCGUGCAUUAUUAAGUAAUUGACCAUAUGUAAAUUUAGAAAAUAAGGAUAUCAUUGAGGAUAGAUUGAUAAUUAAAAAAAAUGAGAACAAUUA